AAUUUCUAAUCUCAAAACGUAAAAGUGAAAUUUUGUGAUUCUCUUUCCAUACCCUACCAGCCCUUCCCGCCGCUGCACACCCCAGCCCCACCCUCUCUUCUCCAUAGCGUCGCCCGGCGACGCUGUCCACCGCCGCCCUCCGUCCGCCGCUGCAAGUCCUCCGUGCGGCUACCCUCUUGCGAGUGACGUCGGCUGCCUACUCCACUUCUCGCCAGACUCCGCCGCUUCGCCACGACUCUGCCGCCCCGCUCCCGCCAGGCUCCGUCCGCCGCCCGUUGCUCAGUGCACACGUUGCCGAAAUUUACUAUAUUACCCUUCACUCGGGAUGAAAGCAUAAAGCCCUUGCCCUCGCCGCCGCUCACUGCCGUCGGCAUUUGUGAGCCUGACAGUGAUCCUCGUUCGUCUACAAAUACCUCUUCCUUAUACGGCGGAGAAGAUGGCUUAUCUGCAAUACGGAAGAAAUGCGAUGCGGCGGAGCACGAUGCACCACCCGCUGCUGUUCGCCGCUCAAGGCGUACGUUAUCGGAAGCUGGAAGUUAUCCUGACAACUACGAUUGAUAAGCUCGGAAAAGCUGGUGAAACUGUGAAGGUUGCGCCGGGGUUUUUUCGGAAUCAUUUGAUGCCGAAAUUGCUCGCUGUACCGAAUAUCGACAAGUUUGCGCAUCUCAUUCAUGAGCAGCGCAAGAUCUACCAGCCUGAGGAAGUUGAAGUGGCUAAAGUAGUUGUAAAGAAUGAUGAAACAAACACUAAAGAGUACGAGGCUGCAGCAAACCGCCUUGCUAAAACCAGAGUGAGUAUACGGAAGUUCGCCAUAGAGGGCAAAGGAGAUGAAUUGCGUGAACCAGUAACCAAAGAAGAAAUCUUGGCUGAGAUAGCGAGGCAGCUUCAGGUGCAUAUUGAACCUGAAAAUCUGCACCUACCAACUCCAUUGUCAACUCUAGGAGAGCAUAAGGUCCCACUCCGCCUGCCGAAAUCCAUUCCUAAACCGGCAGGAGAAGAUUGGAUUCUUAAUAUCAAAAUUAGGAGAAGAUAAAGGAGGACUAGCUGCUAUCUGCAAGUUGAGUGCUGUUCACCAAGAAAUCUUUUAUGUCUUCCUGGAUAUGAUUAUUGUGAUGAACUGUCAGAUGUGUAAGCAGAUUACUGAUUUAAUGCCAAUUUUUGAUCUUGCAUCUUUGGGCAAA